AUGGUAACGUUUAUAACGGACCCUGAAAGGCUUCAACCGACGAUGGAGCAGUCGGUGUGUUUGGAUGAUGACGAUGACAUCAUUUCAGACAUUGUCAACACUGCUCACUUAAACAUUGACCAGGAUUCAGUCAGUGCAGCCAUGAUCCAUUCCCCAACGACCGACACACUGGAUUCUGUGAUGCUGGAGCCAUCAGACGGCAGUGAAACCCAGGAUGGGGAUCUUGAGCAAAGUGAUCCACCAAGCCCAAUCCCUGAUGAAUCUGAGUUCAGGGAGCUGCAAGAAAAGGAAAGAGAUGGAGGUGCAGAGGUGGAGGAGGAAGAGAAAGAUGCAGCAGCAACGGCGUUGGAAUCGGAAUCAUCUAAAGCUGAAGAAGAGGACAAAAUAAUGGCAGCCGCAACAGAAAUAACAGAGGCAUCAUUGCCGCCAACAACAGCGGAAAUGGAAUCAGAAAUGAAAUCAAUAGAAGCAACAUCUUUGUCAGCCUCACCACAAUCUUCGCCAACAGAAGCCGUGCUGGAAGAUGAGCCUUGUGAAACGGUAUCAGAAAUGGAAGAUGCUGUAACAGAACCAACAAAAGAAAGUUUGACAGAAGAUAACAUGGUAACCAACUGCACAAACAUUACAAUAACAACUACUACUGAUGAACUAUCAUCUCUUAUUGCUGAAACUUGUGAAGAGAGCUCACCGGAAGUGGUGACCUGUGAUGACCAGCAAGCCACAGUCCCUUGCCCUACAGAGGAGAUGGCCAAGGAGGAUGAGGUUAAUGACAACAAACCUUCAAUCAGCAGUUAUUUUACAUCAUCUAGUAUGGGAGAAUGCACAGCAAAUGAUUUCUUUGACAAUCUUGUGGUAGACAUGGAACCAGCUGCCGAAGAACAAAAGACAGAAAAUUCUGAAGAGGUAUUUCAGAUACACAGCACGGAUAUGCCGCCCACUUCCCCUAGAAACUUGUCACAGGUGCAUGCUGAACCUGAGAGUGUGACCUUUGAAGGGACGAUACCUGCUCUUGGGGAAGAGAAUCGAGUACAGGAGAAAGAAGACUUCCUGCUCGAUGGUGAAGAAUUUGAAUCUUUUACAGCCGAGGAAAGUCAGAGUGGGUUUGAACUUGGACUGACUGGGUCACCCAAGCAGGUGUUCAAUGAAAGCUACACCCACAGCACAACAGACCACACUACCCAUGAACGAGAGCGACAUGUGUCUUCUUCGAGUAAAACCUCACCAUCAACUGGAAUUGCCAAGGACAGUGGCCUGUCAGUUUUUUCCUCUGAGCCCAUGAGUGAAGAAUCAAAAGAUAAUUGGUCAGUAUGUGCCAGCUCCUCGACCGAAUCUGCAAUGAAGUCAGUUACAGAGAGCAUAGUCAGUGCAGCUGUAACUUCUAGCCACAGCACCCCUGUUCACCAGCCAUUACGUGCAAUGUCUGCUUCAACAACUGCUACACUUCCCCCAACCUCUGGAAUCACUACCGUACCUUUCCAACAGUUUAAUGAAAUGCCUGGAACUGAGGAUCUUUUUACAAUUGGCCUGCACAUGAGUGAUGAGGACAGGAGACAUGAUGCUUGGAUUCCGUCAGAAGAGACAAAAAAAGUUCUGUCUGAAAUUUCUAGUGGACAGUCUGUCAACACAGAUUAUUCUUCAGAAAUUCUUGCCACACCUGGAAUAACUGUUGAAGAAACUCAGCCAGAUCCUAUUCAAGAAAUGCUACGUAAAUUCAUGGGAGAUGAUGAGGCUGAUCAUCGUCAGACAAUGAGUGCAGAUUCGGUAUCACAGGAUGUGGAUGGACUUUGUAAACUUGUGAAAAAUGAAUGUUUCCGUGCUGCUGUCGAAUUGACGGGGCGACUCCUUAUGACUGCUCAGCAGGGACCAGAAAAUAUUGGACAAAUGACCCAGCAUUCCUCACAUACACUUCAGUUGUGGUUCUGUCGUGUUGCUUUGCUUUUCAAACUCCGCCUCUAUACAGUGGCACAUUCAGAACUGCAAAGCUUCAAGAACUUGGAUACUCCUGAUGUUUACUAUGAGUAUUACCCAAAUAUCUACCCAGGGCGCAAAGGCUCUAUGGUACCUUUUGGAUUGCGUUUGUUGGAUGCACAGCUUCCUUAUUAUCUUGGGCACAACAAAGAUGCCUUGGAUAAACUCUACUAUAUUCUGUCUGUUGUACGACAGAUUCUUGCAAAUGUGGAGAAUGGAUUAGCAGAAGAUGGUAUGCCAAUGGAACUUGGAACAGAAGCAAAGAAAUCUUCUUUGGAAUUGUGGGCCAACAGAGAAUGCCAAGUGAUGUACAUAAUUGCCAACAUUCUUCUUUCCAUUAAGGACUAUGAAGCCUGUCUAAAUGUUUACCAAGAAUUACUGAAGAAAGAUGUCAACAGCCAAGGAGCCCUACUCACUGGUAUUGGACGUAUAUUCCUCCAAAUGGGAGACAUUAACACUGCAGAAGACUACUUCAAUAAAUCAGAACAGCUUUUGCCGUCUGGAAGCAAAGUUACAGCCUCCAAAAUUGCCCUUAACAAAGGUCUUGUGGCCUUGUGUACAAGCAACUUCCUGGAAGCUUUCCAACAUUUCAAAUCUGCUGUGAUUCAGGAUCCCAGCAAUCCAGUGGCUGUAAACAACAUGGCGGUGUCUUCACUGUAUUUGGGCAAAUUGAAAGAUGCCCUGGAUACUCUGGAACAUUUGGUUCACAGAGACCCCAGUCACAACCUCCAUGAGGGAAUCCUCUUUAACCUGUGCACCCUCACAAAGGUGACAGUUUCCAUGUGGCCUGUCUCAAAAUGGCAUAAGUAUUCUUUCAUCUUUGGAGCCAAAGGCCUUUUGGAUUUCAUUCCUUUCAGCUCUAUUUUCUGCUAUUAG